GUCCCCUCCCCAGAUUAAUUAUCAUAUUCUCCUCUUCCACGGCAGGAGGCAGCAGGUUGCCGAAGCAAUCUAAGCUAGGUUGGAGCUGCCAUAUAUAGCUGAGCUACAAGUCUGCAAUCAACGUUAGAUUUUAUAUAUGGUUGUUUAACUAUAAGAGAUGGAGAUUGUUGAGCCCCUAGCAAUCAACAUCGAUCUUGGAGACAUGCCGUGGAAUUUCAUGGAGAAGUUGAGAAGGGCCUCAGACAAACCCAAGGAAGGCAUCCAGGCGACGAUCUUUCGAGUUCCUGAGAACAUCCGCAGAACCAAUGUCGAUUCUUUUGAACCAAAGAUGUUCUCCCUCGGCCCCUACCACCAUGGAAAGCAACUCUUUCAAGCAACGGAUGAACGGAUCAAAUUGCCCUGCGCCAGCAACUUUUUUAGGGGAGCCAUGAUCGGGGAUUUGCAGCGCAUUGUCGUGCAAUUAAAGGACUGGGAGUCGGAUUUACGUUGUGCCUACUCGGAGCAGAUCAGCAUGAGCAGCGAUGAGUUCGUGGAGAUGAUGCUGCUCGACUGCGCUUUCAUGGCUGAGUUUCUACGCGAGCGAUGCGAGUCGAUUAAAAUAAUAAAGAUGCAAGAAGGGGGGCCGAGAAUAGAGAUGGAAGAGUACUCGUGGAAGUGGGCAGCUCCAUCGAUUAUUAACGAUAUGUUGGUGGUCGAAAACCAGUUCCCUCUUCGUCCCCUUCUUUAUCUCUUCGAGAAGUGCGGCUGGGAUGAUAUUAUUAAUAUCGGUGGUACUUUUUAUUCGCUCAUGCAGCAAAUUCACCGAAACCUCUCUCCGACCUGGAGAUUCAACUUGCGCGUCCGUUCAGAUCCAUUAAUUGAUUCAAGUUCCCAUUUGCUCCAUCUUUUCCAUUCAAGUCUUAUAAUUGUCGAGCCGCGGUACAGGGAAAGACGGCUUCACAACACCGACUUAUCUUCCUUCCCCAGUGCAGAGAUGCUCCAGGCAAUGAGAAUUCAAUUUACAAAUAAGAUCAAUUGCGAGAGCUUCUUGGACAUCACUUUCGACGCAAGCAAGAGAUCCAUGGAGAUUCCUCAAUUCCUCAUCAACGAUGACAACAUCUCCCUCCUCCGAAACCUCAUCGCUUUCGAGCAGCAAUGCCGUGGGGUUGGCUACUACAUCUCCACUUACGUUUGGUUCAUGGACUGCCUGAUAAACACUGACAGGGACGUGGCGGUGCUCCGGAAACAUAACAUCAUCGUCAGCCGCCUGCGCAGUGAUGAAGAAGUGGCUCACAUAUUCAACCAGCUCCGAAGGACGGAUGCCCCUGUCGUCGACUUCGACAAUUUCUAUCUCGCAGAGGUAAUGAUCAAUGUAAAGAGCCACUGCAGAAACAGGACCAACAUACUUUGCGCAUUGUGGAAUUUCUCAUGGUUGAAGCAAAACUAUUUCAAGAAUCGGUGGGUCACAAUCGGUGUCACUGCAGCUGUGUUCUUCAACCUUCUCACUUUGGUGCAAACUGUAUAUGCAGUGCUCAGUUACGCCAAGCAGUGAAAGUAUAUAUUGUCAAGAAUAAUGAUGGCGGUUGAUUUAAUUCAAUUAAUAAAGGUUUGACAUUAAAUAAUA